GAUGAUUCCCGGAGGAGAAUUUAUAUAGUGUCUACAUGAAAUCAAAGAAAAUUGCCCACCUUUACAACACUUGAAUUAUAGUCAUAAAAAAUCGUUUAAACAAAGUUUAGACUCAAUCACUUAAAAGAUUCCAAUUGUAAAAUCUAUUCAUAAACUUCGACAAGAGUAAGAAUAGAAAAUAUACUAAAAUAUGUAAAAAAUGAGGAGGAUGAAUUUAAUGCAUGAAAUCAAUAAAGUCAAUCCAAAGUUGCAUCAUGAAUUAAAAUUGAUUCCUUAUGAAUUGCUUACUAUUAAAUAUGGUAUAUAUAUUUAACUUAUAUUUUAGUCGAAUGUAAAUAAUAAUAAUAAGAAAAUCAUAAUGAAGUGUUAUCAGAUAAUAGUUAUAAUAAAUAUACAUAAUAAUAACAACAAUUAGAACAUCUUAGUUCUGGACUCAAAAUAUUCUAACAUCGACCAUAUAUUAGAAAUAUUAUGGAUGAUUAUGAACAAGAUAAUAGUAAUUAUAGUGAUUCUUAUAUCAAUAAAUAUUUGGAUCUGAAUUGA